UGUAGUCGACGGUCCAGUGUGAGCGCGCGCGUGCGUCUGCUCGCCCUUUGAUUCUCGGUGUGCUUCUGUGUAAAAAAGAAAAAUAAGGCAACAUCUGAACAGUUUUUCACCUCCAAAAUCGAAGCUGUGCGUUAGCAAACUUCCGAUGAACUAUUUCGCUAAGAUGGCAGCGUGUAAAAAUCGCGAGUGUGUAGUUGUCCACAGUGAUGGUGGCUGCAGAUGGUUCUAUGCAAGACAUUGUUGCCACGGAAAAUGGAUGCUUCCCGACAUUAAAUAGAGUUAACUCUCGUCAGCUAUCUGCCUCUGAUUAGAAUUCUCUGAUGGGUCGAUUAAUCUUGCUAAGCCCCGCAUGCAGGCCGGACUCAGGUUGGGCAAGGAAGAAGAAACUCCAGUAAAAAAACAUAAUGGCGUGCGAGAGUGGUGUGAUGAUGGAAGCCGGUAGUGCUUAAAUCUCAAAGCCUGCUAAUGUGAAUGCGUAUUAAGAGCGUGUUGUGUGGAAAAACGGAAUAUGGAGUCGUACGCUCAAGAACACACAUCAACCGCGUGAAAAGGUUUCUUCAGCUGAUGAUUUUUAGCGAAUUCUUUGGACCUUUUCCCAUCUUAUUAUGAGAUGCGUGCGUGAGUGGGAAUAGAGUUGUUUGCAAGUUCCAAAAAACUUUGGGGGAAUCGUUUGAAUUUCUGAAGAGACUUUUGUGGUUGUGAUGCAGUUUUCAUCUAGAUAAUCGCCGGGCAAUUCAUCCAUCGACGAAAGGAGCGCGUGCCUAUAUAGGAGCAACAGUGUGGAGUUCAUACUGGGUUUCACAUGCUCUCCACUGCGAGAAUUUUCAAUAAUGGCGUCUGUUGCGAUUGCACCAUCAAUCUGCGACGAAUUUGUUUGCCAUGAGAUUUUCAUCAUGAAUGUUUGAGGCUUCAAUUCUCCAGAACAUCAUCAGCUCAUUGAAAUGAUGUAUUACGCACGAUAAGAAAACGAGACUUGCCUACUCCGCUAGUCAAUGUAACGAGAAGGGAAGACGGUGUCCUUAUCGGUCGAUUUUUCUGCAGAUCAUUACCCUUGCCAACCCGGAUAGAAUUGUUCAACGACGCACGAGGAGGAGGAUACCAAAUAGCGGAAGAGGACCUCCCAUCUGUCGCAACUAACCCCCAACCAUCUCUUUGUGUCAUUGUGUCGAGAAAUUUUCACCAAACGUCGUGUAAUCUGGAAGAGAAUUCGUACGCAAGAAAGCUGCUGGACUAAACAUUCGCGUGUACGUGGGAGUUAAAUUGUAGAGAGCGAGAGCGAGAAUUGGCAAUUCUAUAUUACUGCACACUAGCUGGCUUCUGGCAAACAACAUCUGUUUCUGGACAACUAAAUAAGGAGAGAAAAGUGUCGUGUUGGCUGGUAAGGGCAACGAUUUCUGUCGAUGCGAAAUUGUUCGCAGUAAAUUUGACUUUUCGUAAGCAUGUACCAUAAAUCAGCAUAAAAGCGUGUGUCGAGAACAAGCAGAUGCUGGUUACGAGCGGAACCACCAUCUCCCGUCCAUUAAACCCAAGAUAGGCUGGCGCUGCUGUGUCAGUGAGAGAGCGAUCGAGCUUCUCUGGUGCCUCGAUACGCUUCCAGUCUUCUCUGCGAACAUCGAGGACCCAGCGGGAUAUCCUGCGUUUGACAGCAAAUUAUUCACACGCCCACUAAAAUCGCGAGAGAAGGAGAGUGGACAGAAAUCGGAGAGAUAAAAGAAUCGCGUUUCGAUUGUGUAGCAAGGUUGCAAAAACCCCAGACGCGGUUGUACAGUCACCAUUGGCUUCCUUAUCAUAGGUAUGUCGUCUGAAUUUAAUUAAUCCCCGGAGUAGCUAUUUAGAGUUGGUUAAAGGACACAUUCAACGUGCGUGUCCACAGUGCUACGAUUCGAAUCCGACACGAACAGAUUGUUCUAGCAAAUCGACGAAGGAAAGGAUUGUGGCUGUGCGAGGAGGUAUAUGCGCACCCGCACUAAAAGAGUCUGGAUUUGAAUGUUCUAUCGCAUCAGUUUGCCUACCGAAGGUCAAAGAGUCUGUGUGUGACGCUCUCCUGUCAUGAAAGGCACGAGAACACGUGAAAAAUCUAAAAUAAAUGGUACGUGUGAAAUGAAGUGAUUUAUCAUCGCAAAGCGGGCGUUGUAGGCGCAGGAAACAGCGAAAAUUAAUAUUAAAAUUCACUAUCAACCGCGCAGAAGGGAUAUACUUGUCCGGUUCCCCAUUUGAUAUGACGCACAAAUACUACGGUAACGAUAGAACAUUGGAUUUAUCCAGAAACAAAAAAGUGCAUAAGUGUAGAAUGAGUCUUUUUUAUUAUCGUAUGAUAGUGUUGUCCAGCAUUCGAUGAAAUUUGAUUCAGGAUCUGGUGAAACGAUUCUUACCACCAUUAUCAUUCAUGGCUCGAUGCCAAACGACUAUCAAAAACAUUCCCUGCGAAUUGAACAUCGGAACCCAAUUAAAAGCUGGCUUUCUCCAGUAGUGGAUAGUUCAACCCAGGAGCUGCUGAUUGGUGAUGUCCUAAAUUAGCAGCCAGCUUUGGCAAAUCGAAUCCGUUUGGCUACAGACGAUAAGAAAGGGUGGUAUAACCGAACCACCACACCGUCAGUUUUAUUUUUGGCCAGCUGGGUGACGAUAAUAUAAGAAUCGUUGCCAGAACAAAACCAUUGCAGACCAACCAACAAAACCACACGGUGUAUGGAAAAGCCAACGAAAGGAGAAGUGACGGUUGGGGAAAGUGUGAAAGUACAGCAUCGAUCUUUAACUGUCCAACCGCCGGAAAUUGGUGGAUAGUAGAAGUGUAGUAGUGGUGGUAGCAGCAGAGACGAGUAAAAGACGAAAAUGGCAUCAUCACAGACAGGAACACAGACUGGAUUGAUGCGAGAGUUUGUCGAAGGAUGGACAUUGGCACAAACGCUCGGAGAAGGAGCCUAUGGAGAGGUAAAAUUGCUCAUAAAUCGGCAAUCGGGUGAGGCUGUAGCGAUGAAGAUGGUUGACCUGAAGAAGCAUCCGGAUGCCGAGAGCUCGGUCAAGAAGGAAGUGUGUAUACAGAAAAUUCUUCAGCACCAAAACAUCCUUAAGUUUUUCGGUAAACGAACGCAGGGUGACAUUGAGUACAUAUUCCUCGAGUAUGCUGCCGGCGGUGAAUUGUUCGAUCGGAUAGAACCCGACGUUGGGAUGCCUCUGCCGGAAGCGCAGCGGUACUUCAAUCAACUGCUGGCCGGUGUCGAUUAUCUGCACACACGGGGUGUAGCACACCGUGACCUGAAACCAGAAAACUUGCUCUUGGACGAGCAUGACAACGUAAAAAUAUCGGACUUCGGGAUGGCCACCAUGUUUAGAAUGAAAGGCCGCGAACGGUUGUUGGAUAAAAAAUGCGGAACACUUCCAUACGUCGCUCCGGAAGUGUUGGUAAAACCAUACCGUGCUACACCGGCCGAUCUGUGGUCAUGCGGGAUCAUCCUAGUUACAAUGCUUGCCGGAGAGCUGCCCUGGGAUCAACCGUCGUCCGGAUGUGCGGAGUAUCUCUGCUGGAAGGAGAACAAAUACACUACCUCUACGCCUUGGUGCAAGCUGGAUACACUCACCCUUUCGCUGUUACGAAAGAUUCUGGUUGCAAAUCCAGCCCAAAGGUUAACGCUGGACAAGCUGCAAGACCACAAGUGGUGUCAGACCCAGUUCCAUCUUCAAGGCAUUGCCGAUAUUGGAGUGAACAAUGGCGGUGGUCUAGGCGGUGGUGGUAUCGGUGCUGGAGGUUGCGAUGUGAUUGAUGGACGGCCAUCACCUCGUGCGAAACGGCUCUGUUCGAAUCAGGACAUUUCGAGCCCGCUCGAUGAUUCCACCUCUCGCAUGUGCCAAUCACAACCGGUACCGGUCAUCGUACAUACCGAGGUAAAUGGCGUCGAGGAAGCAAUUGAGGCCCGGAACGGUUUCUGCUUCUCGCAGCCGACCAUGCUGGACGACCUAAUCCUGUGCACACAGCUUAAUCCAACGCAGAGCGUCGGCACACAGCAGCAACAGCAAAAUCCCUUCCAGCGGCUGGUGCGGCGUAUGACGCGUUUUUUCGUAUCGACGCGGUGUGAUGAAACACUGAAGCGUCUGUCGUCCGCGUUGGAAAAGCUCGGCUACAACUGGAAGUCUAACGACGAGGGCGUCAUCACGAUAUCGACGAUUGAUCGACGGAAGCUGCAACUCAUCUUUAAAGCCAACAUCGUGGAAAUGGAUGGCAAAAUUUUGUGCGAUUUCCGGCUGUCGAAGGGCUGCGGGUUAGAGUUCAAACGACGGUUCAUCAAGAUAAAGCAAAGCUUGGCGGAUAUCGUGAUGAAGGGACCGGUCACCUGGCCGAUUGCGAUCGCGACCAACUCUGUGCCUUAAAAGGAACGUAUUUUUUGAAGAAAUCUCCUCGUGGCUGGAAUUUUGCUUGCGUUAUGUAAAUUAAUUAGCAGAAGGGGCGAGCAACGCCGUGGUAUGGUACUUUAUCGUUAAAAUUUCUUGAAGAAAGUUGUUUUUAAUUGUUGUAUUAUACUUGCGAAAGAAUCUCGCACAGAAUUUGUGGAAUUGCCGCGUUCGAACAAAAGUGUUCAAAAUACUUUAAAAGAUACGCUCUGUGAGCGCACGAAUAUAUAGCGUCCUCCUGCGUUUGUGCCAAACGUCGUAGAUUUGGAAAGAAAGUGGGAUAUUAUUUACGUAAGGAGAGACCAGAUGAAACAACCGAUCGGCGGGGGAGGAAAACAUCAUGUUGUGUAUAGCCUCUCUUACUAAUGUAAGAUUUUGGCUCAUCAACUAAUCAAAUUAUGGGCCCUCUUACGGAUCGUUAAGAUGUUAAAUAGUAUUUCACGUUACAUGACAGCGAAAGAGAGUAGCAGCGGCACGGUGUAUCGUAGUGCAUAUAUACGCAUACAAAAAGUAUCGCCUUUUUAUACUUCUUAUUUUACACGACUCCAAACACAGAAAAAAGCAGGGAAGAUCAAUUUCAUUCCUUGCGCAUCCUGAUCGUGUUGAAAAUAAUUGGUAAAUUUUUAUAUCUCCUAGAGCUUCCUUCCAGUUUUUACACACGAAAUAAGUAGCAAAAACAAGUUGGCAUCAAUUCACUAAACCUUUACUAAGGUACACCCAGCUAGACGGGCGGGCACAAAAUUACGGAACAAAGCUACAGAGCACAAAUUUUGCAAACAGCAAAUCAAGAAUUAUGAAAAGUAAAUGAAGACGAAACAAAUAGUUACACAGGAAAGGUUUAUGCAUAAAAAACCACACGAGUGUUCUCGAUAAAGACAGGUGCUAAAUAGAAGAGGGAAAAGAGAGAGGAGAGGGAGGGAGUACGUUGGGAAUUAGGAACUUGAUGAAUAGUGCAUCCUCAUCACUAAACAGCAAGACACAGGGUCGAUGUGCGCAACACAGUUGAACCUUUAAUUGUGCUGUGGAACCUUACUAUUGGGGUCAAGAUUCAGGGUUAAAGAAGUUUUUUCCCCUUACGGACUGGUUUGACUAGUACAAGCUAUUCACUGGAUUUUCUUUUAUUAAUCCAUUUGUUUUGCGCUCUAUUUGUGUUUAAUUUUGUUUUACUUUCUACGUUACUGAUUGUGCUGUCUUGGAAUCCUGGGAAAUGAAGGAUACUAUAUUGAUGGUUUAACUGUUAAUUAAUCAAUGCUUAAAUGCUAUUCUGUUCCAAUAUACAAAUAACGAAGUAUCUUUAUUUUUCGAUAUUAGUGUAUCUACUCCCCUCGAAGGCUCAUCCGUGACUGCUGCCGAAUAUGUGAAAGCAUCUAAACAGAGAGGAGCAGUAGUACACUUGUACGAUUUAGCUUCUUCACAUUUACCAUUUUACCUUAAUUGAAAUUAUGCACCUUACUAUCUCUAUCUGCAAGAAUCUUUUCUACUACAGUUUAUUAAAUAAAGAAGGAAAUUGUUAU